AUGGAACAUGAGAAGCGCGAGUCCAAGGUGGAGGACAGAGACGAUAAAUACCAACAGAACGACAGCGCCCCAGGCACCAUCACACAGAAUGCCGAAAAUGAAAACACCUGCAACGGGUGUGGGAAGGAGCUAGCCAAAAAAUUGAGCUGCCCAAUAUGUCUGAAAAAAAAAAUUCACAGCUACUUUUGCACACAGGAAUGUUUCAAAAUUUCGUGGAAAGAACAUGUGGAAAAAGUACAUGAAAAGUGGAAAAAGGAGGAAGAAGAAGAAAAGAAAAAGUUAAUGCAAAUCGUAAAGAAGAAAUUAUCUCCAGAACAUUUCGAUCCAACGAACAGAAAAUAUUGGAUUUAUGAUAGACAUUUGAAAAAUUUCCUUAAUUUUGUAUUUACAGGGAAUUUGAGACCUUGGCCAAUAACAAAAAUGAAUGCCGUACCGUUACAUAUAAAGAGGCCAGAUUAUGCAAUAACAUCCAUCCCCGAAUCGGAGUUAAAGUAUAAAAGGAAAAGCGAUAUAUAUGUGAAUAGCCAGGAGGAAAUAGAGAAUAUAAGGGAGGCAUGUCUUUUGGGGAGAAGGACAUUGGAUUACGCUCAUUCGUUAGUAGCACCAGGAGUAACAACUGAUGAAAUAGACAAAAAGGUUCAUAAUUUUAUUAUAGAGCAUAAUGCUUACCCAUCAACUUUAAAUUAUUAUGAAUUCCCCAAAUCGUGUUGUACAUCAGUUAACGAAAUUGUGUGUCAUGGGAUUCCCGACUUGAGACCGUUACAAAAUGGGGAUAUCAUCAACAUUGACAUAAGCGUCUUCUUCAAAGGGGUGCAUGCAGACCUGAAUGAAACCUUCUUUGUUGGUGAUUUGGACCAAGUGCCAAAGGAGGCUAAGGAACUUGUACAGACAUGUUACUUUUCCCUAAUGGAAUCAAUAAAAAAAUGCAAACCAGGGAUGUUAUAUAAAAAUAUUGGCAACAUCAUAGAUUCCUAUGUGUCCAAAAAAGGAUUUUCCGUGGUACGUACUUACUCUGGUCAUGGGGUUGGAAAAUUGUUUCAUUCCAAUCCAACUGUUCCUCAUUUUAAAAAAAAUAAAGCCGUUGGAAUUAUGAAAGCUGGACAUGUGUUUACCAUUGAACCAAUGAUCAAUCAGGGACACUACUCUGAUGUCUUGUGGCCCGACAAGUGGACCAGCGCCACUUCAGAUGGGAAAUUAUCUGCCCAGUUUGAGCACACUUUAUUAAUUACAGACAAGGGCGUCGAAAUUUUGACCAAACGGUUGGCAGAUUCGCCAAGUCUGGGAUUCGACACAAGGGACGAUUUGUAUGAGGUGUAA